CUAAUAUAGUCCCUUUCAGCAUAAUGGUAACGUUAUAUUGCUAAGGUCAAAGAGCAUGGCUCUGGGCAAGGGAUAGUUCAUAGUUUUUGGGGUUGAGCAUUUAACGUUUCUUGUCGGUGUCCGCAAUUGUAUAAGUAGCCAUGACAAUGAACUACAUGCCAGGGACAGCUAGCCUCAUAGAGGAAAUUGAUAAGAAACUGUUGGUUGUCCUCAGGGAUGGGCGAACUCUCAUCGGCUAUCUGCGCAGUAUAGACCAGUUUGCAAACCUGGUGCUCCACAAGACAAUAGAGCGCAUCCAUGUUGGGAAACAGUACGGAGACAUUCCACGGGGGAUAUUUGUUGUGCGAGGAGAGAAUGUGGUCUUGCUGGGGGAGAUAGAUCUAGACAACGAGAACAAACUCCCGCUGCAGCAGGUAUCUAUUGAUGAGAUUCUGGAGGCCCAGCGGACGGAGCAGCUGGCCAAGCAGGAGGAGGAGAAGGCCAAGGUCAAGGCCAUGAGGGAGCGAGGACUCCAGCCUCAACCAUCAGGCAUGCAGGAGGAGUUCUGAGUCACCAUAAGUUGUGCAGCCUGGUGUCUAGCUGAAGUCUGUAGCCUGGAAACCAGACUUGUACAGGACAAGUUGUAGACAUCAUCAUAGACCCUGUAUCCAGUCUUUACAGCUGUGGUCCACAGCCUGGUAACAAGGCUUGUACAGCAAAGGUCUAAUUCUCAACAGUUACUCCUGUUGGAUGUGGACUCAAAUUUUACAUGGCUAGACAUGAGGUAUUAGAUACUAAGGAGACAGACUUAUCUUUAUUUUUGUAUCAACUUUGGUUUGAAAUUCUCUGGACAAAAAUACCAAAACAGGGGAAGCUAUCUUACCAGGUAUUCAGUACCACUACAGACAGACAGAUGUAGGUUACAAUAUAAAACUUGUGUUGGGGAGGACUUUACAGUCAUAACAUAAGGCACACAGGAGUCCCUGUCACCAUCGAUUAUGAUUAGAGACAACCCUUUUUGUUUGUAUGAACUUCUAUUUUUGGUUAUAAAUACUAUGAAGUACAUUUCAGUUUUUGAUAAAUUGUGAACAUCAAAAGUAAGGUACAUGUAUUGUAUCUCUGAUAUGUUUAUUGUUUAAAGUAGACAGGAUGUUCCUAUCAUCUAUUUGCUUGCUAUUAUCAAGGACGUUACAUCAGAUCUAUUGGUUGAAAGUACAUAGAUAUUUGGAAAAUGAUAAUUAUUCCUUUGAAAAUGUUUGCUACAGUAUGAUGCAACUUCAAAGCCCAUUCUUGCUUAGAGACCUGUUGUUCUUGGUUUAUAACAAAGAAUGUUUAUUUGACAGUGGUACUUUAUUCAUUACUAGUGCUAUCAGCCACAGGCAAACUACCAUUAAGCACAGGAAUAACACUACGCCUUUUCUAUCAGGUUUUCAUUAGAAG